CAAAAAUAGAUGUGCACAGGGUGAACAACUUUGCUUGAGUGCGAUUGUAAAAUAUUGAAAAAGAAUACCAUGAUCUUCAAUCUGGUCACAUUUCCUAACGUGUGUCGGGCGUGCCUACAACCCAUCCCUCCCGAUAAGAUGGUAGCACUCGAUACGUACCGUGAUGAGUUUCAGGAGAGCAUUGGAGCGUUUCUGCAGCGGAUUACGUUCGCCAUUCCGCCGGAACUGGUUCGUUAUCUCCCGGCCAGCGUUUGUAUCGAGUGCCUGGAAGCGAUGGAGUUUUUCUUAAAAUAUCACCGAAAGAUGAUGUACCUGAACGAAUUCAUGGUCGCACUCGUUGCGAUUAAGCUCGGUGAUAAUACCCGCAUGGUGGACCUAUUCGAAAGCCACGCGAAACAACUAAACGUACUUUUUAGCGACCUGGGACUUUGUAAUAAGGAAAACGCAACCGUUGAUGACUUGCUUGCAGAGUUUGACCAGUAUAUGUUGGCUGCGGUACCGGCGGACGAUGACUGCUAUCAACCAGAAGGAGAUUUAGAAGCUAAAAACCAUAUGCAAGCGGACAACAUACUCCAGAUAGAGAUAGACGAAAAACGUUUCCACAGAACGACGUCGCAAACGGAGGAUAGUGGUACUUUGGCGUUCGGGGUGGAUGAAGAAUAUGAUGACGGGGAGAUGACGGGCAGUGAAUCGCAGCGUUCCGACGAACAGGAUCAAGUCGAUAAGUUAAAGCGGAAUCGCACAAAACGUACAAGAACUUCGCUUCAAGCCGAUCGACUUCGGUGUGACAAGUGUUCUUACAAAACCAGGUUCACGGUAGCGUUCACACUGCACUGCGAGAAGCAUAAAAGAAACGAGAGUAACCCAAGCGGCGGAUACGAGUGUCCGUUUCCGUACUGUUUGCAGUGGUUCCGAACGAAGCUACAGUUCGCGCAACACAAGAAAAAGAACAAUCACAAGCUGUUCAUAUGUGAAUUUUGUGGCGUUCAGCUGACGCGACGCAAUACCUACGAUGUUCAUCUGGAACGCCACUCCGGUGUGACUCAGUUUACGUGCAGAUACUGUUCGUCCUCGUUUCACACCCACACGGAACGUUUUAACCACGAACGGUCCAUUCACUUGAAUCUGGAUCGCGAGAAGUGCGAUCAGUGCGCCGCCUCCUUUGGCAGCAAAAAGUUACUGCAGCAACAUCUCCUUUCACACGGAUCCGAGCGGAACUACCAGUGCGAUCAAUGUGAGCGCUCCUUUAAGACGGCCAAUCAUCGCUACAGACACGUGAAAAUGGUGCACGAGGGGACACGGCUCAGCUGCGAGUACUGCGGGAAACAGUACUGUCGCAAGGAUACGAUGCGUUUGCACAUCGAGAAAAAACAUAUGAUACAGACAUACUUCGUGUGCGACAUUUGCGUGCGAUCGUUUGAGACGGACGAGGCACUACAGCAACACCGGGAAUAUCACGCCAAUCCGAAGCACCUCGAGUGUGGGGUAUGCUUGGUUGCUUUUGUUUCCCCGAAGGAGUACGACAGCCACUUAUGCAUCACCUAUCAGGACAAUUAUGAGUGCUGUGGGCGUACAUUUCAGCAUCACCGACAUUACAACCAACACAUGGAGAGAGCGCAUGGCGUCAGGGUGAACGCAAGGGUGAGACCGAAACCAAACCUACUAACCGGUCAGGAGCGGGCCAUUCGAAUUGCGAGAAAAAAAUCACUUCCUAGCUGCACGAUGUGUGGCCACGUUGAUCGAACGGAAGCCGAAAAGAAGCAACACAUUUGCUACGUUGAAGAAUAUUGCCCUCUUUGGCCCAUUGAUGAACAACUUCUGGUAUCUGGUAUCAUAAAAUAGGAAAUUUGUUAACUGUGUUAUCAAAAGCAGCUUGUUGCUGACAACGUUUCGGAUGCGCUAAGAAAGAAAUGGUACGAGUGGCCCCAUCAAACGAUGAUAAAAGUGCUGUAUACUAUAUUAUGCAAGUCUAAUAAUACU